UUUAGUCCCGAAUAUAAAUUUAUUGAUCAACACUCUUCAUGUUUGGUGUGUUCCCGUGGCACAAAUUCUGAUAAUAGAUUCAUAGGCGACUUGUGCAAUGACGUGCGUGUAGGAACUGGUGCUGUUAAUGACGUCUGUUGCAAAGUGACUUUUGUUUCUGCGUGUCUGUCUGGAAGAGAAGAGACGUGUACCGAGGAUGACCGUGUCACAAUGGGGCGAGUGACGUUAGUAGUUGCUGGCACAUUGCCGCCUCUGCAGGUCAGUAAAAUCUGUGACUUGAUCGAGGGCCCCAGUUGUUCAGGUGCCGGCCACAGUGCUAGUGCUGAAGAGACCGAGUUCGCGUGUUUAAAAGUCACUGCAAUUGAUACUGACUUACACUUUCCCGUGAUCCUGUCUGAUCCUCUGCCGUCUGCAUGCAAGUGGUCAUUAGAACUUACCUCUGAAUGUGAUGAUUUCUUUAGAAAAAUACUGCAUUUGAAAAGAAUGGCUCAUUUACAGAGGUCUGCAUCUGAGUCUUACAGUAGUAAUGUGUUGCCUCCUUUGGGGUUGGAACGGACUAGCAGGCUUUAUGCUUUUAAGCUCAUGAAAAAUGAAAACGAAAAUGUGCGGAAACUCCUACCUUAUUUCAUUGAAAAAAGUAAAACAGAUGAAAAAUAUGUGCCGUUUCGAUCUCGAAAAUUGUCAUCUCCAAAGCUGGAGAGCGUCAAGAGACGUUCUGAUGUGUGUGAUGUACUUAUGUACCGGGACGCCCAGCCCUCUAAAAACUACGAUGUGGCACCUGUAGAUCCGGCGGACAACGAAACGCCUCAAGCCAUUCGCUUAUGCGGCGUUCCUCUGGGCAAUUGUCCCAUAACCACAGAAAGUAACUUAUUCUAUGCGACUCGCAGGAGCGGCAGCAUACGGUACUCUUCUCCCCCCGCGAGUCCUCUUGUGUCGAUAGAAGGUUCCCCUUCGUCGUCCCCUCAGCGUAGGCUUGUUGAUCGCGAUGGCUCUGUUCCUCCUGGCACCUUGCCAACUGCUUCUGCCAGGGCUCGUGACUCACCCUCGUCUGCGCCUCCCGUUGCUCCCUAUGCCGUCUGUCAUGAUGCUAAAAAUACAUAUCAAGGUCUUUCUAUAAAAGACCCAACUCUGUUACAAUAUUUACCUUCUGAAACUCCUGCCUUUUGCACAACGGUUGAUAGAAUCAAUACCACUCACGGGGAUGCAGACAACUUGAUCAACAGCAACGCUGCGGCUUCGCAAACGGGCUCUGCUGCUGAGACUGAGUUGCUCGAUGUCAGAUUCCAUUCUAACGAUGUUGCAUCUUCUACUGAGCGUGAUCAAUUGAAGAUCGAAAAUAGUAUGGAAAGCAACGAGUCUAUUGAUCUUACUCGAAGUGAAGUGAUAGAGGUCCCAGUCAAAGAUUCAGAUGAUAUCUCAUUACUGACGCCGUCACUAUUGCCUGUUACCAGCAAGCAUUCAUACGACUUGCCCUCUUUACCUCCACACAACGCUUUGCCUAAUCAAGAGUGCGGUAUUUCUAUUGGCAACGGCAGCUCAUCUCCGGAUGGAGUUCAGUGCGAGGUUUUGAUGGUAAAAGAUUUGCAGGUUAAUAAUGAGCUUGGGGAGCAUAACAAAAAUAUUUGCACAAAUUCUACGACGGAUGCUCGUGCAAAUAUCUUAAAUGUACGUGAUAAAUGUGACGAGUUUUCAAUUCAUCUUGACACUGAGGGACAAAUCGACGAAGCUUCUGAAGUUAAAAUCGUCAACGCAGAUGAAAGUAUCAAGCCUAAGGCACUCGUUCGUUUUGGGCAACUGCAAGGUUAUGAUAUUCUCAAGCCUGACGUUUCAAGCUCAGUUAAAAACAGUGAGCCCACAGCGGCAUUUCAAGCAGAACUAGAUAAAAGUAUCGAGUUGAAGGACGUUGACGCAUCGGAAACAAAAAGCAGCAUGUGUCACGAUCUUGUAGCCCGCGAUCUUGAGGAAGUCGAUGUGUCAAAAGUUUCAGGCUACGGAGAAGUCCUGAGAGAUUCCUGCUUGAGAAAUGAUGCAUCACAACAAAAUAAAAUAAAUCAUAGUAUUAUGUCAUUCAAUAUAAUUGAGCAACGGGAUUCCGGUAAUGAGAUGGUGUGCUUAUCAAAAGUUGCCGAAAUUGAUAACACCAAUUUCAAUCCUGGCAAAAAUCCUGUGGUAUCACCUUUAGUUGAGAGAAAAGAACUCGCAUGCAAAAAAACUCUUCAGGAGUCCUCAUUGGAGGACAUAGAGAGCAAGAACGAUGGUGCAACAUUGAAGCUCAUUAAUAUUGAGCUUCUAAAAUCGUCUCAGUAUGAAAGCGAAGACACAAAUAAACACGAUUUUUUUAAAGAGUCGAUUAACGAACAAAAACAUGGGGGGUUGGAUGAAUCACUCAAAUUUUCUGCAUUAGAUUCUAGUGCAAUCGAGCGUGUAUUAUUCAUUGACGAGGCGCCUGAAGUUCCUCAAGAAGAUUCGCUGGAUAAUUUCAACGAUUUAUCAAUUUUUAUGCGACAAGACAAGGAUCCUCUACAUGCGCUUGAUGAAUCAAACGCCAUGCUUAGAAAUAGAGAAACUUUUGAAAAGAAUAAAAUCUUGACUGACGAUUCUGGGUAUUUAUUUGGUGAAUUGGACAUUUUGCCGCCAUAUACCUCAUUUACGGGUGUCGUUGUCGAUCAACCAGACUCACAAACAAUAAUGCCAGAAAUGCAAUUUCAAGCCGACUCUUGUAAGCCAAACGAAGACAUUUAUGAAUCAGAUUUUGCACUUAUCGAAAAUGAUUUGUCUGAUAUACUUACUUUGGUUGAUAAAGUUUCCAGGUUCGGAGAGAUUAAAGAGAAUCAAGUGUUGACCGUGACAGAAUGCACCUCAGCAACGUGUGUCAAUGCCGGAGAAAUCUCUGUUAUCCCUCCAAAUGUUAUUCCGAACCCAGAAUUUCCUAAAAAUAACCAAUUUGAUUUUUCUUCGCUGGAAGAUUCAAUGCAGACGUGCCAAAGUAUUUUUGAUGAAACCAAUUUUGAGAGGUUUAUGGACAUCCCUACUAAAGAGUCCGUCGUGCGCGAUGAUCACGAUUUUAUACAUGCUUCCUUUACUACUGACGACACUGAAGCUGAUCUCUCUUAUCUUGACAAAGACGUCAUGCCAAUACAGGACUCUUUGCUCGACUGGACAAACGUUGCAGUUUCAGACAAAAGAACUGAAUUAUUUCUGGAAGACAGUAAAGAAAUAUCGAGUAUCACCAUUCCAGCUGCCUACACAAAUGUUGUGGUUCCAGACAACGCAACUGAAUUUUCGCUGGAAACAAAUAAAGAUGGAUCGAGUAGCACCACUCCAGUAGCCUACACGAAAGUUGCAGUUCCAGACCAUAGAACUGAAUUAUUGCUUGAAGUGAGUGAAGAUGUAUCGAGUGGCGAAACUUCAGUCGCCUACACAAACGUUGCAGUUCCAGACCAUAGAACUGAAUUAUUAAUAGAAAUGAGUGAAGAUGUAUCGAGUAGCACCACUCCAGUAGCCUACACCGCUGCAGUUCUAGACAAGGAAACUGAACUGUUGAUGGAAGUAAGUGAAGAUGUAUCGAGUAGCACCACUCCAGUAGCCUACGCAAAUGUUGCAGUUCCAGACCAUAGAACUGAAUUAUUGCUGGAAGUGAGUGAAGAUGUAUCGAAUGGCGAAACUUCAGUCGAUAUAUUGAAGGUCGGUCAUGGCGAGACGCUCACGGACGAAUGGGCUUUGCCGAAUAAUUUUGUGGAAAAUUCUGUUACCGAAGAUAUUUGUCUGGCAAAUGAUCGAUCAGAAUCAAAAGAAGCUGCAUACGGGAGUGAAAAUUCUCCAUUAACUGACUCAACAUUAGAUAGCUCAAUCAUAGCCCCUUGCAAUUCAUUCAACGUCAAAACUGAUGCUGAGAGAGACGAGACUAGUCAACUUAAUGAAAUUAUUUCCAACCAAAACUUAGGUCAGUCGGAUUCUUCAAACAACUCAAUUGGCGAUGGAAAAUCUAACGUGCCUGAGGUCACCGCCUAUACGAAGCUUCAUUCAUUUAAUUCAUCUGAGUGUAGUAGUUCCUUGUGUAGCAAACCCGUUUAUCCUGUCACCGAACCUGCCACAAAUGUUACGCAGACGUGUCAUGUUAGUCGUCUUAGAAAAGUUUGUGCUAGUGACUUUAAUCGCGGUCAAGCUCUGGCAGAUCGAGCUGCCAAAAUUGCCCAAAUGCAUGGAGCUUCUCCGUCAAAACCGCGUCCUUUCGCUUUUCCUGCUGAUGUUAUCCGAUCUCAAGUUGCGAGGCAAAUUCAGCCUAUUCAACCUCCUAUAAAUGAGUGUGCUGAAAGUAACACGCUGCGCUCCAAGUCAGCUAGCCCGAUGACACAGAAGCGUAAAAAGAAGGAAACUGUUGCCAAGCGCUUGAGGAGCACGUCUCCUAAUAAUCGUCUUAGAAUUAGCUUGUUUAGCGAAAUAUCAGAAUUACAGGAUGAUGUGAAUCCUGAUGAAGCAAGUAACGAAUUUUCGAAAACUGAACAAACAAACGGUUCUCGUGAAGAAUCAUCAAAUUUAUCUUUCAUUAAUACUGUCUACAUGAGAGUGCCGUCGUCAUACGAUGCCAAAACUGACAUACAAGAAAUGCCAUCCCCACCUGCUACCUAUGUAUCCAAUUUUACGCAAGUUACAUACUGUGAUGUACCUUGCUUCGACGAAACUAAACUAACUAAGACAAUAAGAACUGAAUUCAAGUUACCUCAUCUUUCAGUGAUCGAACCGAUCGAAAAGGCUGAAAAAGACCUCAAAAGGUGGGCUUCAUACAUUGCUAACAAAAUAUUAAUUGAAAUAUUUGAUUUUGAGUCUCCCAAGUGGCAAAAACAAUUCUUGGAGCAAUUGUCGUGCGAAGAUAAGACUCGUCAGAUCGAUGUAGAGACAAAAGGGAAUACCCGAAACCAUUGUGAAUAUAAAAUCGCUCAGUUACUCGAAUCUCCCGACUCAACGUCUCCUCUGGAAGAUUCGCUUUCUUCAACUCACGAAUCUUUGAGGAAAGAAGCAGUAACCUCCACUGCUCAUUCAGCCUCUUCUGCCGAUCGUGGCACGGGUCGGGAAGAGGGCUCUACCAGUUCGUCGUUCAGUUCGGAAGCGUGGUGGUCGCAUGGCGGUCCAGUUACGCAGAGAGAGCAGCUGCUUCCCAAAGAGGAUCCAGAACUCGGUCAGCAGUGGCCAGGAUUGCCUGUACCUACGGUUCCUGAGAGUGAUGUUGACCACACGGCUGCCGUGAGCGAUGAAGAUUUUGAAGCGAUGGAUGAAGAUAUGCGUCGACUUGAAGAAAAAAUUAGGCAAUUUGAACAUGAACUUGAGGAAGAUCUUGAAAUAUCUCUCUUGGUAGAAAACACUCACAAAAUGCCCAAUUUUUCUUUGUUAGAUAAGUCUACUUUACGAUCGUCCCCUCUUCCUGAUAACUAUCCUCCAGUAUGUAUGAAGAAAACUAAGCAUUUUAGUUUCAUGACGAUCAAGGAUGUAGAGGAGUAUCUAAGAUCCGACUCGGAAUCCGAAUCCAGUUCUUCCUCACUAUCAUCUGAUGACUUAUUUUUCGCUAAAAGAAAACUCAAAUUAAAAAUUGGUGAUCGUAGAUGUUUUUCCGUGGAUUUGAGUAAACGUUCUACCAUUGAUGAUUGCAAAUCUGAAUGUCUUAUGAAGAUAUUAUCAAUAUCCAAAGGUAAUCAGGAUAAGGCAACCAUCCAAGAAACUCUCGACGAUUCAGCAGCGGAACAGAACGAGAAAACGGCCAACUGCCCGGUACAAAAUGGCUUCAAAUUGGUUGGUCAAUAUUGGCGGUCCGAAGAUGGAGUUGCGGUUCUCGAUAGUGAGGGACUGGCCGAGUUUUAUGCUGGAACCAACCCUUCUGGAGUAUGUUUCAUAUUCGAAGAUGAGUCUGACGAUGAGAUUUUUUACGAUGAGGCGAUCGACGAUGUAUGUGAUAGCUCGAACAUUCCACGUGAAGAACCUGCAACCGAACUAAGUUCGAAUUUUGAUCCUGGAACUCCAUCUAUUGAAGAGAAUCCUUCCAAGCCCGUUAGAAAGUCAAAAUUUGUGUCUUCAUUCAAAAACAGUUUCGUUAAUGCCACGAAAAGCAUUGGCCCCAAAUUCAGCGCCAAACUUGAGGAGAAUUCUUCUUCUCCACCCCACUCUGAUCCUUCAGGAACAAGCUAUCUCAGCAAGGAACCAAGCUCGUUCAUCAGUGACUUUCUAUCAUCGAAAAUCAAACCCAAAGGAAUGCAGAAUAAAGCAAUUGAUGUCGUGGGUGAAUUCGCCACCUUGCCAGCCUCCAGUGGUGAGAGUGAUGCCUGCAAUAGCUCCAUUGUCUCAGGAGAGUACUUGGCUUCUCCUGCUGUGUGCGUCUUUUCGGAUGAAGAUAACCGCGUACCUGAAUAUAACCUAUUUCAACCACCACCAUCGCAUGAUGCAAUAUGUCGUCAAAGUUCCCUUGCUGCUCCUUCUCCACCUGUGCGCAAGUCCUCGUUGGACGCUGUCGUUCCGGGCAGUUCUGGAACAUUCCGUCGCCCGUCUGGUGUGGUGCACGAAAAUUUGGCUCGACACAUGGUUUCUGGAGUUCCUAGAGCGCUGCCAACUCCUCCGUCCGUCCCUCCAAGAUCCACCACCCUUAACUUCUAUCCAGUACGUUCUCAUCCUAUUCAUGUUCGAAAUGCAGUCAAAUCUGAUACAAAUUUUGACUCGUGUUGUAAAGCCACUGACCCUUCGUCUCGUCAAGCAGAUUCGGACCAGCGGACCAAGACCACCUCAGUCCGGCAGCUGAAAAGGAGGCAGAUGGAGCGAAAGAUAGAGCUAUCGGAGGAAGCAAAGGAGGACACUCCUGGCUGUAACUUUUGUGUUCGAAGAAGUCGUACUCUAGAAGACGCCCGUCACAGCCGCUAUCAGCCGAGGCGAUCCAGUCCUCAUCCCAAAGCUCUAUCGCUGCCUCAACGUCGCUCAUGGCCUCCUAGAAAAUGACAACAGAAGCUUUACCCGUCUGACGAUGAAGAUUUACUAUUGUAUGAAUUUUUAUUAGAUAUUAUAAAUAUAAUA